UGAGGAGCGACUCGAACUCAUUGUUCGCUGUUUGCUCUGCAGCUCAGAGCGCUCUCUCCUCUGUUUGUCUCUCCUCUGUGUCUCUGUGGUUUUACUGCCCCAAUCCCCCCCCCUCCAUCCAUCCAUCUUCGCACUUUGCCAGUUCCUCUUUGCUUUUUUUCUCUUUCUUAUUUUCCAUUCUUUCCUUUUUAAAGCAACCGUCUUUUCAGCUGCAAAACCAGAAGGAUAAUAAGGGGAGCAAGUCAGAAAGAGUGACCAACAAACAACCUUUUCUUUUGGUUCUUACAAACGCGGAGCAAUGUCAGACACCAAGAUAGAGACUGCCACCGAGGCUCCCUCCCCCGCUAAGGAACUCAAAGGUGGAAAAGCAGCAGAAACUGAAAAUGGCAAGGGUGAUAAACCGGCCAAUGGAAAAGCUGAGAAGGAGAAUGGAGAACGGGAAGUUGAGGAAAACACAGAUGAGGUAGAAGAUGAAGAAAGUGAAGAUGUUGGUGAGGAAGAUGAGGAGGAAGAUGAGGAAGAAGAUGAGGAAGGCGAUGAGGACGAGUGUGAGUCACCUGCAGCGAAACGGGCGGCUGAAGAUGAUGAGGGCAAGGUUGAAACCAAGAAGCAGAAAACAGAUGGUGCUGACUAAACUGCAUUUCCAUCCACAUUCUACCCCCACCCACCCCCCCAUUUUUCUGUUGGAAAAAGUGGUCACCAUUAAGUAGUGUACACCAGUACAAGAAAACUGCAGGAUUUUUAAAAUAAACCAUAAAAAUUACUAAGAAUUCAUGGCCCUACUUUCUUAAAAUCCUAAAGGAGAAUUUGUUUGUAUUUUUAUUUACAUUUUAUAUUUUUGUACAUACAGUUGGAGGUCAGCCAAUUUAAACCAUGAUCUCCGGCGACCAAACAGGGCUUUGAUAUUCUUCUGUAAAACAGACUUUUACUGGUGGUUUGACCACAUCAUGACCACAUUAUCUUAAAGGUAACCUGUAAAAACAAUUAAUCUGUGCAUUCCAAUAACCUUGUGUAUGUACUUUAGCUGUACUAUAAGUAGUUGGUUUGUAUGAGGUGGAAAGGCCAAAGAUCAAGGUUUUGUCUAUGAAAUACUGUCCAUUAUGGCCUAUUGUAUGUGUGAAACAGUUUGUCCAAUAAACCGGAAUUUUAUUUUGCUGAGUUUUUCUGAUGAA